AUGGACAGUCCCCGCGAGCUACACAUCUACUACCGCGAUGGCCACUCGCGCCUCGAGGUCAUAGAUUCUAACAAGCGAACGGUCCUCUACGUGGUCCAUCGCGCCUCCUCCAAGCCUCACCUGACCAUCUUCCGAGCACCCACUCCCUCCUCUGGCGGCUUCAUUAUCGGCCAAGUCUCCUUCCACCACUUCUCAUCCGCCAUCGAGCUCGACGUCCCACAAGCGCCCCUCUCGAUGCAGAAGACGAGCAAGAUGUCGAGCAACUACGAAAUUCACGGCAAGGAUCUGAGUUGGCGGUGGGAGAGAGAUCGCGCAUUGACAAGCAAUAUCCGACUAGUCGACAACCUGGGUGGUGGGGUGCUGGCGAGAUUUGAGAAUGCAAGCUUCUCCGUAAAGAAGCAGGGAACGUUGACACUUUUGCGGACGCCGACGUGGGAGAUGCUGGAUGCGAUUAUCAUCACGGGGCUGGCCAAGAUUGAGUACCAGAGGCGAAGCAAUUCGUCGCGGUCUGGUGCUGUGAAUGCUUCGAAUCUUGCUGUUAUGAAUCAGUAG